AUGGCGCUGGAGAACUCGGUCUUCCCCUCGUGCCCGGACUCUCUCUCGCUCCCUGUGGAGGAGAAGGUGGAAGGGGAAGAAGUCGAGGUGGCCACCGAGGCCACCGCCUCCACCGGAGUCUUCAACCUAUUGGGGGAGCUGGGCCACGUCGUCACCACGGAGACAGCACCGUCACCUCCACCCUUAGCCAAGGUGAACAGGUCCUUCCAGGCCAAGUUGGCUGAGCGGGAGGCCCAAGCCAAUGAGCCCAGGAAGAAGACCCAGGGGACGGAGAAGGAGAGGGGACGAUUCGGCUGGGUCCGGACUCGGCGUAAGAGACAGCGCUAUGUGGAGAAGAACGGCCGCUGCAACGUGCAGCACGGUAACAUGCGGGAGACUUAUCGCUUCCUGACUGACAUCUUCACCACGCUGGUGGACCUCAACUGGCGCUGCUCGCUCUUCGUCUUCGUCAUGGCCUAUGCCGGCACGUGGCUCUUCUUCGGGGCCAUCUGGUACCUCAUAGCAUACUGUAGGGGGGAUCUGGACCAUCUGGAGGAUGAGACGUGGACGCCGUGCGUCAACAAUGUCAACGGCUUCAUCUCGGCCUUCCUCUUCUCCAUCGAGACGGAGACCACCAUUGGCUACGGCCACCGCGUCAUCACCGACCAGUGUCCAGUGGGCACCAUGCUGCUGCUGCUGCAGGCCAUCCUGGGCUCAAUGGUCAACGCCUUCAUGGUCGGCUGUAUGUUUGUGAAGAUCUCGCAGCCCAACAAACGGGCCGAGACGCUGGUGUUCUCCAAACACGCUGUCAUCUCUCUGAGAGACGACAAGCUGUGUCUGAUGUUCAGGGUGGGCGACCUGCGGAGCUCCCACAUCGUCGGGGCCAACAUGAGGGCCAAGCUCAUCAAGUCUAAACAGACCCAGGAGGGUGAGUUCAUCCCUCUGGAUCAGACAGACAUAAGCGUGGGCUUUGAGACGGGCGACGACCGUCUUUUCCUGGUCUCUCCGCUGGUCAUCUCCCACGAGAUCGACGUCCAUUCUCCCUUCUGGGACAUGUCGCAGGCCCAGCUGGAGAAAGAGGACUUUGAGAUCGUGGUCAUCCUGGAGGGAAUGGUGGAGGCAACCGGGAUGACGUGCCAGGCGAGGAGCUCCUAUCUAGCCGAGGAAGUGUUGUGGGGUCACAGGUUUAGUCCCAUGAUGUCGCUGGCGGAGGGCUUCUUUGACAUUGACUACGGAGCUUUUCAUCACACGUUUGAGGUGGUCUCGCCCUCCUGCUCAGCACGAGAGCUGUCAUUGGCUGCGGCCAGACUCGACGCUCACCUCUAUUGGUCCAUCUCCAGCAGGCUGGACGAAGAGCCCACCCUGACCAACCAGGCGGCCAAGCAGCCGGACAGCGGCUCGGCCAACAGCAAAGGAGGGGAGCCCACCUUCAUCGUGGGAGAGAUGACGGACAUCCAGGAGCAGACAGGAAUGGGCGAGCUGAACGGCAGCAUCGCCACCGACCAAUCUGAAUCAGAGGCCUAGAACACCGAAUGUUCACAGAGACCUUCAGCAUAUCGCCCCCUCACCACAAUAACUUUUCAAAUCUUUUCUUUUUAUGAGUAGUUUCAUUAGGCCCAUUUCUACAGCGUAUGCCAUAUCUUAUGUUACCAUAUGAGAGUUUAUUUCUGGAGAUUUUUCUGUCUUUUAUCUCUAUGUUGAUCUUUGUUACACGUGUACUGUAUGUGUGCUAUCUUGUAGCAUUGUCUCGUUAGCUCACCCUUGCCUAUAUCUACAUUUAAAUGACAACACAAUGCUUCAGGUGGGGUCAACAAUAAUAAAUUAUAAUAUAUAUGUAUAUACAUAUACAUAUAUAUUCUGUGGACCAAAGCAGAAUGUUGCAAAAUGAUGACAAGGUGGUUGUUUGUGCAGCAUCACGUGUGUGAAUUGUUCACAUUUAAAAUAGAUACUGUGCAUAGAUGCUUUAUUUUUACCUGCGCAUGAAUAUCACUAGAUGAUAUUGAAGUAUAGACUGAAAUUGUAGAAACCUCAAAUUUAUUUAGAUGCAAAGAUUGUUAUGAGAGUUAUUGAAAAUCAUGCAGGUGUUAACAGAGUGGGAAGGUAACACCCAGUAUAUUUAUACUCUGCUAGAAACUUCAUUUGGCUACAAACCAUCAUGCGGUGCUAGAAAAAUGUCUGAAAUAUAUAUUUGGCUGACAAAAGAUUAUAAAAGUGGCCAGUGGACAACAAAGCCAACCCUCUCUCACUCCCAACUUGUCAAAUACAGACGCAAAAAUCACCCUUUAGCAACUGUAUGAGACACACCGGGCAGAUCAACAGCUCGACUGCAACUCGACCACAGCUCGACCGUGGCGCUGUAAGAUUGCAUAGUAUGAAGAGUACAGGACUUUCACCAAAGAGACCGAGGUUCAUGUCACAUUCCUGUCCCGCUUAACACUGAAACGUACAAUUUGUAACUCCACCCACGAUCUUUCCAUGAACCUAACUGUCCCAUUCUUGUGCCACGUCAGUUAAAUGUAAAUUUUUUAAAUGACGCCAAAUUGGACCCGACCCAAAGCGUCAAAAAGUGACGGCAAGAGUCCAGAUCAAGCGUUAAUUAGUUGAAAGCCCCACUGUGUCUGACUGAGAUGCUGAAGGAGACUUUUUGCGUCAGUAACAAAUGCCAAAGGCACCUGACCAAGCGUCAAUUUUUGUCGUGCUGGGAGUGAGAAUGUGUUUCCUGGCCUGGGUGUAAAGGAUUUCUUAUUUUCUGAUACAUUGAACAGAGUAUUAUGUUUGUUUGUUUGUUAAAGAGUAAAUUCACAGCUGGCUGAAAAGCAGUGUUUUGCUGCCCUCUCUGGUUAAAAGUUUCUAGCAUGUUUAAACCCUCUGAACAUACCCCCAACAGUGAUGUCACUGGUUCUGUAAGUACACCUGUACAUCAAUGCAGCAAGGUGAUCAGUAAAACGGCUGGAGGUCAGCAAGAAUGAGAUUUAAGUUACUCUUCAACACCGGUGUGAAUUAGCUGACAUUCCUAGCUGCACUCUCACAUAAUGGUGACUAGGGUAUCUAUCUAAAACCUUUAACAUAUAGACAGGUUAACACUCAAAUGUGUCCGUGGCUUCGUUUCACAUACCACGUGUGUAGCACAAGGAUUAUCUAUGUUUCCUUCCCAGCCAAGUAGAAAUGAAAAGCACAACAGUGUCCUGUUCAGCCCAGAGUCCUGCUUCUGCUGCUGUGUAUACUGUA